UACCUUCCGUACUUACAGACAAGUAUGGCGGUCUAAGGGUUGUGGUGACUGCUUUGGUGGCGUAAAUAAUCAUCGUGUGCCUUUUUUAAAGCAUAUUGCCCUCGGCAUUCGAGUUCAGCUGAAGGCUACAACUACAGUGCGACUAAGAUCAUCAUGCCGUCUUCUUGUGACUCUCUGAUGGAAGACAUCGAGGACAUGGUGUCUUCUAGUGACCCCACUCCUCAUGAAAGACAGUCUGCUAGAAAAAGUAUCAUACCAAGGGCAAGGAAGAAGAAAGAGCUCAUGAGCGAUGAGGAGCUUCAAGCUGACAGUUUGAUCCCUGGUACCCAAAAGAUCUGGAUGAAAACAUGGGGCUGCAGUCAUAACAACUCAGAUGGGGAGUACAUGGCUGGGCAGCUGGCUGCCAGCGGAUACAAGAUGACUGAUGACCCGACAGAAGCAGACGUGUGGUUGCUCAACAGCUGCACUGUGAAAAACCCUGCAGAGGAUCACUUCAGAAACUCAAUCAAAAAAGCCCAGGAACAGCAGAAAAAGGUGGUAGUAGCAGGAUGCGUUCCCCAGGCCCAGCCGAGGAUGGACUACCUCAAAGGUCUCAGCAUCAUUGGGGUCCAGCAGAUUGAUCGAGUGGUGGAAGUAGUGGACGAGGCUGUUAAAGGCCACUCGGUUCGUCUGUUGGGUCAGAAGAAAGAUGGAGGCCGAAGACUUGGAGGAGCUCGACUGGACCUCCCCAAGAUCAGGAAGAACCCUCUCAUUGAAAUCAUCUCCAUUAACACCGGGUGUCUGAAUGCGUGUACCUACUGCAAGACGAAGCAUGCAAGAGGAGACUUGGCCAGUUAUCCCAUAGAGGAGCUAGUGGAGAGAGCAAGGCAGUCUUUUCAGGAGGGAGUGUGCGAGAUCUGGUUGACCAGUGAGGACACCGGUGCUUACGGUAGAGACAUAGGGACAGACCUGCCCACGCUGCUGUGGAGACUGGUGGAGGAGAUUCCCGAAGGUGCCAUGCUAAGGCUGGGGAUGACGAAUCCACCAUAUAUCCUGGAACACCUAGAGGAGAUGGCCAAGAUUUUGAAUCAUCCACGCGUCUAUGCCUUCCUCCACGUUCCCGUGCAGUCAGCCUCUGAUAGCGUACUGAUGGAUAUGAAGAGAGAAUAUUGCAUUGACGACUUCAAACGAGUGGUAGACUUCCUUAAAGAAAGAGUCCCUGGUGUAACUAUUGCUACAGAUAUAAUCUGUGGUUUUCCCGGAGAGACUGAGGAAGACUUUGAAGCAACCAUAGACUUAGUGAAAGCCUAUCGAUUCCCCAGUCUUUUCAUCAACCAGUUUUACCCCCGACCCGGUACGCCUGCCGCCAGGUUGGAGCAAGUACCAGCACAUGUGAAGAAGCAAAGAACUAAAGAGCUGUCGCAGGUCUUCCACUCUUACAACCCUUAUGACCAUAAGGUAGGGGAGAGACAGCAUGUGUUGGUGACAGAGGAGUCAUUUGAUUCCCAAUACUAUGUGGCUCACAACAAGUACUACGAACAGGUGCUGGUACCUAAAAGGGUGGAGUUUAAAGGAAAGAUGAUUGUGGUGGACGUCUAUGAGGCAGGAAAACACUUCAUGAAAGGCAAACCAGUAGAGGAAAGUAAGCCGUUCACUCCUUCCAUUGCCAUGCCGCUUCAGAAAGGAGAGGUGUCUGGUCUGCUGCAGGAACAAAAGGUCAAUGGCGUCCAUCUUUCUGCUCCCACGCCUUCUUCGUGCACCUUCUCCAUUGGAUCUAAUAGUCUGGACAGAGAAAUGCUGAAGAAGAUUGGGAUCGGGCUCGCGCUGGCAGCAGUCAUCUUGGCUUAUAUUGUACAGAGAGUGUACUGAACAAUGACUGUUGUGUGCGCGGUCUUUUUUAUUGUAAUGUCAAUACCUUCUCUUGGCAGUCUAUCGGCAUGGUCAAACGGCUUCACCGAACACCUUUUAUACCAGUCUUUUUGGUACAAAUAAUUCACCAGAUUUAGGAUUUCAUUUAGAAUAUUUUUUAAGUGCUGAUUACUUGUGACAGUGACAGUAGAGCCAUUUCUUGCUUAGGAAAAAGGUAAAAGUGUGUUUUGUUUAGUUCUUACUGAUGGUUACUGGUGCAGCUGUUACACAGAUAUUCAGUUGAUCAUACAUUCAGGGCUUUACCAUCAGUACGAGUCUGAUCUGUCACUCUGCAUCCUUUUAAAUUGGAACGUGAUUUAGCUUGGUUUAUUUCAUUUCGUGAAACUGAGUGAUGAUCUGUGUUAUACUUUGAUUAAAGUGUGUACAACUUCUUUUCACAGUAUUUAUUUUUGAAAGUGAGACAUGAACAUAUUUUCAGAAAAUGAAUGUCAUUUGUGUUGUUUUAAAAUGUUAACCUUAUGUUUCAUUGUUCAAGAAGUGCUUUGUGUUUAGAGUUUUUCACAAUAAUUCAUAGAAUAUUUGGCAGAGAUGCCAGGCGAAUUCUUACUGCUGGGAUUCAUUUAUUAUUGACACGCAUUGUGUCACCACGCACACAUUUUACAAGUAAGAUGUAGUUGUUUGCUUCUAGCAUACAAGGUUCCCUAUAUUCUCCAAUAGGCCACCGUCACACAGGUCUAGAGAAUGGUCAGAAACCCUCUGGCAACCACAGGCUGCAAUAGAAAAAUCCCCCACCAGUUGCCAAGUAGUUGCUGGCUGUUGCUGAGUGACAUUGGUUGCAAAGAGGUAUACAGUCCUGCACAUCCUUGUAAUUUCUUUGGUAACCGGCAAGCAGCCAUUGUCACCUGUAGUUUCCAUGGAAGAUACCAGCUUGUCUCCAAACACACUCCUAACUGCUUGCCUAGCAGUAGUGAAACUGUAAAAGUUGCUCCUUUUAAACCUGUUGGUUAAAGGAAUAAAGCACAGCUUUUACUUUGCCUCACCCUUUUUCCCACUUUCACUGCUGCUCAGCGACUAGAUGGGGAGUGUUCCAGAUAUCAAUCUAAUGCCCGGAUAAGCUAUAGGUGACUAGCAAUCUGCUAGCAACCAAAGCAAAGAGGUUUUUGGUGCAGCACCCUCUUUGAUACACAUUUUCCCAAGCGAUCUGUAGUUUCCAGAGGGUUACCAAUUGGUCUCUAGGCAUGUGUGGCUGACUUGCAGUGGUAUCUAGCUGAUUUCCUGCCAUGCCAGUCUAAAUAACGAGAAUGAUUCCACCUCCAUCAUUGAUUCAUAGGGUUCAUAAUUCACAUGUGGACAAAAUUCAAAUAGUUGGAUAGCAGCAGAAAUCUCAAGGGCACCGAUAUCAUACUACUGCUGGAUUUUACCAAAACUUGCUUGUGUUUUUUUGUUUUAGUUUUCCUCCCUUUCUAUAACAGUGUAAUUACCCUCCAAUACAACUCUCUAUACUUAGAUUUUUUUGGGGGGGUUGUUGUCCCAACCAUCCAGAAUUGUUAAAUAAAGGAUAAAAUCCAUUUGCCAUGAGUAAAA